AUGGGAGGUUCACUUUCGCGACUAUGGUCCUUGUUGUGGGCAAAGAAGGAAAUUCGAAUUUUGAUUCUUGGACUUGACAAUGCUGGCAAGACCACUCUCCUCUACAGGUUAAAGAUCGGCGAAGUCGUAACCACAAUACCCACCAUCGGAUUCAACGUGGAAUCGGUGACGUACAGAAAUUUGAACUUUAAUGUUUGGGAUCUCGGAGGCCAAACGUCUAUUCGUCCAUACUGGCGGUGCUACUACGCUAACACCGCUGCCGUCGUUUUCGUGAUCGAUUCCACAGAUGUUGAACGUCUCAGCACAGCCGCCGAUGAACUUUCUGCGAUGCUAAAUGAAGAGGAACUGCGUGAAGCUGCACUUUUGGUCUUCGCGAACAAACAAGACCAGCCCGGUGCAAAAGGCGCUGGAGAAAUAUCAGAGGCACUAAAACUUGGGGAACUGCGGGAUAGGAACUGGAGUAUUGUGGCAUGUUCUGCCAUUGAUGGUAAAGGUCUAAACGAAGGCAUGGACUGGUUGGUGCAAACUCUUCAAUCGGAAAACGCAUAA